GGGCACGCGGACGUACCUAGGCGAAUACAAGGAGGCCGGCUGGCGCAAAAAAAAAAAAAAAAUUCGGAGCGACGACGUGGAUGUCCUUCCGCGAGCUCAAGACGAAGGCCGACGCGUUUGGGGCCGCAUUAGUAGCUUCAAGGGCCAAGGGCGGCUGUGCUAUGAAGCCCGUGCCGAAGGGUAAAAAUGUGGAAGAUUUGACCGGUCCUCAUACUAUCCUGUUAUUUGAGGACACGUGCGCGGACUGGAUGACGUGUGCGCUCGGAGCUUUGUCGCAGUCUCUCGUCGUGGCUACGUCCUACGCGACGCUCGGAAUAGAUGCGGUGGGCGAAGCUAUCAAGGCCUCGAACAUUACCACGGUCGUGACGAACAGGAAGAACGUGGAAAGAGUCGCGGGACUGAAGAAACAGUGCCCUACCCUACAAACGAUUAUUUAUACCGAAUUCCACGUCGAGCCGAAAGACCAAGGGAAACCAAUCACGGUGCCGAAGGGCCUCACGGCCAUUCCCCUCGAGGACUGCUUCGCCUUCGAACCGACGAAGGAAGCGGCCGAGCCGACGCCCGACCAGGUCGCCGUGAUCAUGUACACGUCCGGUUCUACGGGCAAGCCCAAGGGGGUGCUGCUCAAGCACGAAAGCGUUUUGGCGUCGAUUGCUGGGUUGUUAGAUGUCCUCGGCAAGGCGGCCACGACGGGAGACUGCUACCUGGGGUAUUUACCGCAGUCGCACAUUUUGGAGUUCUGCGCGGAAUUAACAUGCUUGGCGCUGGGCAUGCACAUCGGCUACGCGGACCCUAGAACCCUUACGAGCACGGGUGCCGUCCGCGAGCGCCCCGACGGCUCCAUAAAUCAAAAGCCCGAGUGGCCGUGCCCGCCCGGCGCGAUCCAGGAGUUCCGCCCGACGUUCAUGGCCGGCGUGCCCAAGGUCUGGGACAUCCUGAAGAAGGCGCGGCGCGGCGUCCUCCAGACUUCUCGAUGGCGUCGGCCGCCAUCACUGUUGUCGGCCCGAACUCGGACACGACCUCCGAGCGACUUGAUUUCCGCACAGGCCAUGGAGGACAAGGUGGCCGAGAUGUCGCCCGUCAAGAAGUUCAUUUUUAAUGUUGCUUACGUCGGUCGAGCUACGGCUCUCAGACAACAUAGAGACGCGCCUCUCCUGAAAGCUCUCGUGUUCAAGAAGCUCGCGAAGAUGCUGGGGGGCAAGCUCAAGGCUACGAUCUCGGGCGGUGGCGCUAUUAGUUCCGAAGUGCAGACGUUUGCGCGCGUCGCGUUUUGUGCGCCCGCCGUGCAGGGUUAUGCCCUCACGGAGACGUGCUGCUCGGCCACGGUGCAGCCCGUCGACGACGGCAACAUCGACGGGGUGGCCGGCGCUCCCUUGACGUCGAUUGAGAUUCGUUUAGAAUCUUGCGACAUUACUGAUAGAGACGGCAAGCCUUAUAGAUCGACGGACACGUCGCAUCUAGGCUCCAAAUGCUGCGGCCGCGGCGAGGUGCAGAUGCGGGGCACGCCCGUGACCGCAGGGUACUUCAAGCAGCCCGACAAGACGGCCGAGGUGUUUACCGAGGACGGCUGGUUCCGGUCGGGAGAUGUGGGGGUGUGGCGCCCCGACGGCCAGCUGCAGAUCGUCGAUCGGUUGAAGAACCUUAUUAAGUUGAAGGGCGGCGAGUACAUCGCUAUUGAAAGUAUGGAAAAAGAAUAUUCGACGUCGUCCUACGUGUCUGGCGUCAACGGGGGCUUGAUGUGUUAUGGGGACUCGGACAUGGACCGGCCGGUCGCGUUCGUGGUCGCCGACGAGAAGAAGUGCUGCGCCUGGGCUGAUAGUAAUGGUGUUGAGUAUGGCACCUUCGCGGACCUUUGUGCGACGCCGGAGAUGAAUAAAGAGGUCCUAUCUUCGUUGAUCAAGGCGGGCAAGUCCGGCAAGUUGGGCGCGAACGAGAUCUUGGCUGGUAUUUUGUUGUUGCCGGGCACGGGCGCCAAGGACAACGAAACUCCGCAGUUCGAGGAUCCCUGGACCCCGGAAAACGGGGCUUUGACGGCGUCGAACAAGCUCCAGCGCCGCGUCAUCAAGCAGGCCUACGGCGAGGCCACGGGCAAGUUCGAGGCGCUCAAGGCCAAGGGCAUCCGCUAG